AUGGACCCCUCGCACAUGAACCUUCCCGUCAUCGACCUCGACGUCUAUCUCAACAAGCCGCGAGACUCGCCCGAGGUUCGCCAAGAGUGUGCCAAAGCCGCCGAUGCCCUCAUCACCUACGGCGCCCUCGUCCUGCACGACUCCCGCGUCGACAGCAAGGAUAACGACACCUUCCUGGACCUGCUCGAGGACUACUUUGCCCAGCCGUCCGAUGUCCUGCGCAACGAUGAGCGCCCUGAGCUGAGCUACCAGAUCGGCGUCACGCUGGAGAACACGGAGAAGCCAAAGUGCGCCGUCGACGAGCCCUGCCUCGACGUCGUCCGGCGUCUCCAUCCCUCCCAGCGACCCCUCGACAUUUCCGGCCACCAGCCGGACCCCAAGUGCCGCUUCUUCUGGCGCAUGGCCGACCGGCCCCCGUACGAGACCGAUUUCCCCUCCCUCAACGCCCCCAACGUCGUCCCCGACGCGCCUCACAUCAAACCUCGCUGGACCCCGACCAUGGACAUGUGGGGGACCUCGAUGAAGAACGCCGUCUCGAAGCUUUCGGAAAUGACCGCCGUCGGCUUGGGACUCCCGGCAGAGUACUUUAGUGAUGCUGCGCGCUACGGACCCCAUCUCCUCGCCCCGACGGCUUCCGACCUGGAAAAGUACGGCGCCAAGGAUACCAUCCUCGCCGGCUUCCACACGGAUCUCAACUUUCUCACCAUCCACGGCCGUUCCCGCUAUCCCGGGCUCAACAUCUGGGCGCGCAACACGGGCGACCGCAUCGCCGUCAAGAUUCCUCCGGGGAACUACCUCCUCGUCCAGGCUGGCAAGCAGCUCGAGUAUGCCACCGGCGGCCUCGUCAAGGCCGGAUACCACGAGGUCGUCAUCAACGACAAGACGAUCGAGACGAUCGAGAAACGGAAGCAGCAGUUUCCCGACCGUCCCUUGGUCCGCAUUUCAUCCACCCUGUUCUGGCAUCUCAACUCCGACUUUGACCUGGCUCCCGUUCCCAAGCUUGCCGAGCGCGCCAAGCAGGUUCGGGACGAACAGGCGAGGCUCGGCAGGGACGAAGGCGAACCCUUCACGUAUCCUCCGACCAAGGUUGGCCACCAGGUGGAAGGAGAGUUGAAACAUAUCGCCUUGAUGGUGUAA